UCCCAGUGCCAGUAUUUCACAGGCAGGCAGGGAGAGAGGCAGUCAACUUGACCUUCACCGCAGCAGUUGUAGACCCUAUCAGAUUUAUCAAGGAAGGAACUAAUACAUACUCCCUCACACCAGACACGCACAUACAAACACACUAGUGGGGAGACCAGGGCAGAGACCAGACACACACACUCACUCACCUGCAGUCCAGGAAGCGGACACACACACUCAAACUCACCCACCUGGACUAUAUUCUUUACGCUCCAGCUCUACUGGUUCACCCCUUUCCUGACUCGACUGAAGGAACAACAGCACAACCUCCGGCCCUGUCUCCAGCUGCAGUGAUGGGAGCAUAUAGAAGAGUUUGGAGGUUGGGGGGCUGCGUCGGGGCGGUGUUGGCCUGGAUCGGGGCACUGUUCCUGGGUUCCAGCUUGGCCCAGCCUCCCGCUGACUCCUGUCCUACGGGAGUCACUCCCUCGAACCUGAGCCAGCCCCAGUACCAGUCAGUCCCAGGAGCAGACACAGGCUUCAUGUCCGGGGUGGUCCAGUCCUUCCUCCACACCGUCCAGCCCAACCCCUUCCCCAAAGAUUUGCUGCUUAAUUUAUUGGAGGGAAAUGGCAUGUAUGUAUACAAUGACGACAAGACCAUUAAAGAGGUCCUUCUCUAUGAAGUUGGUUUCCUAGUGUGUGCGGCUAUAGGGAUCGUAUACAUUAUCCUGAUGCCCCUGGUUGGCUUCUGCCUGGCCUGCUGUCGCUGCUGUGGACACUGUGGAGGACACAUGUACCAGAAGCAGACUAAAGCUGUCCACUGUCACAGGAGAGGAUUCUACUGGGCGACGCUACUCACCACGCUAGUCAUACUCUCAGGGAACAUCUGCAUGUUCUUCAGCAACCAGGUUCUGAACGGGAGCGUCGAGGACAGCUCUGUAGAACUCAACAAUACACUUGACAACCUCCAAACCUACCUCACAGCUGUCCCACAGCAAAUUGACAGUGUGCUGAUGGAGAGCAAUGAGACAGUGGAUGAAGUCACCCGAAGCCUCAAUAAUAUAGGUAACCUGCUGGGCAAGGAGAUCCAGAGAAGACUAGAGGGGCCCCUGAAACCUUCCCUGCAGUCUGUCAGAGAUAUAGCCAAUGUGGUGAACAGUACCAGUGUCCUGCUGGUGAGGUUAGACUCUACUCUAACCCAGUUCCAGUCGGAUGUAUCUGUGGUCCAGGCUAAUGUUAGCUCUGUCAGAGACCGCAUCAACAGCACACUGAGAAACCCUAACUGUACCGCGUGCUCUACCCAUCAGUCAGAGCUACAGAAACUAACAUUUGCCACCACUAUCGCUGUACCCAGUCUGCGUGAGCUGCAGUCGGCUGUUAAUAACGUCACCAAGGCUGAUCUAAACUCUAAAGUGAAAGAGGGAGAAGACUUCUUUGCCAGUAUUCCCCAAAAAGUGACCAACGACACCAAGGACGUGGUACAGAAUGUGAAGCAGCAGCUUSAAGGCAUCGAGAGACAAAUCUCUGAGGUGAAGGGAAACAUCCCUGUCUCUGCCCUCAGAAACAUCUCAGACACACUGGGAGAGGCUCAGAGAUACAUCGGCAUGUACUCACAACAGUCAGAGAGGGUAGAGAUGACCAGAUCAACAAUAUUUCCAGCAUUAAUCUGGAUGAAACAGCAGACAGGCUAGACCAACUUGCUUCUGUUCAAACCGGUGUUAAAUUAGAGCUGACACAGGAGGCUACAGACCUGAGAGCGAUCCAGUUCUACGUGAACACUGCCGUCAUCCCACAACUGACUCGUUUGAACUCCACCAUAGAUGCCCUCGGUGUCGUAGCGUCACAUAUCAACCGCACAGUAGGAGAUCUGUUGAGUAAAGUGGGAACAGCUCAAGACUUCCUCGACACUAACACUUCACAGAUUGUCAAGGCCGAGAGUAGGGCGUUCCUAGACUGUCAGAUGGGGUACUUCACGGCGUACGCUGACUGGGCUAAUUUCACGAUCACUCAACAGGUUGGUCUCUGUGGCCCAGUGGCAGAAGCUAUGGACUCAGCUGAGGUUAUAGUCUGCUCAAACAUGGUGCAAUCUCUGAACGCGUUCUGGUUCAGUCUGGGCUGGUGUACGAUCUUCUUGGUCCCCAGCAUCAUCUUCUCCAUCAAUCUGGCCAAGUUCUACAGGAGGAUGAAGCACAGCGAUAUCUACGACAACCACAUAGCCAUGAACAUCAUCCCCCGAGCCCAAAUCCAACCCUACUGAGCUGAGGGACAGAGGACUGGCCAGGACUGUUACUGCCCUCAGGGACUACAACCAUGACUCUGUCACAACUCCCUGACAGAGGAUCAUGGAGCAUUUCAAACAGAACUCUGUCACCUAAAUAAGAAUUUGUUCUUAACUGACUUGCCUCGUUAAAUAAAUAMAUUAAAAAAGAAACCUUCAUAGAAAUCAAAUGAUUGUCACUAACAGGACUCUGGCACCCCUACCUAAAACUACUACAUGGGAACAUUCAAAACAGGACUGAACACAAUCACAUGGUGUAUUUCAAUAAGGAAGUGGUACUCUCCCUCAUUGAUGGACUGAAAUGGAGGAGCGAUCUCACACUCACUUAAUGGACAGAGGAACUGUUUUCUGGAGACGGCAUGUGCGCCACACAUGCGCCUCAUAUUUCCAUGCUGUGUGUCAGGAAUUAAAGGCCACAUUCUCAAUGUCUGCAGUACGCAGACAGACAGACAGACAGACAGACAGACAGACAGACAGACAGACAGACAGACAGACAGACAGACAGACAGACAGACAUCCUCCCUCUCAGGAGUGUUGCAGGAUAAAAUGCAAUCUACAUAAACUCAACAUUUCCCAAAUGUGGUUCAUGAUAUCUAAUGGAUUUGACUGUAUGUAUAUAACGUAUGUUUUCAACCAUUAUUUUUGGUUUGAAUGUACCAUAAAGAACAUCACUGGUAUUUUUUAUAUUUUAAAGGAUUUYGUUAUGGGAAAUGGGACUAACCCUGCUAGUACCACCUGGAUAAUGUUAUAUUGGAUAUAAUGAUACAGUAUAUAUGAAAUCAAAUAGGGUAGGURUUUAAUAUAAUGUUUAUGAUCAUUUCAUUGUGAGUUUUGUUUGUCUUUUUUUGUUUUUCCCCCCAAAUUUUUAAAAUGAAUUAUACUGAAUGAAAUAUGUGAUUCUGCUAUGAUAAAAUGUUGUGCCAAAUAAUGAGUAGGAUGUUUGUAUGUUACGAAGCACUUUAUUAGGUCUGUUAAUAUAUUUCCAUUUUUUUUUUUUUUGCAUUGUGCAAGUUACUGUAAUUAAAGAUUUGCUGCUGAUAGA